AUGGUAGCAGAACAGUCUGCAACUACAGAUCCAUGGUACGGUGAAUUCGAGUCUCGUGGCUCUCAGCGACAGUACUGGAUUGAGAACGCACCGUCCAAGUCAGAGCAAAAAUGCCCUAUUGAGCCAUCUACAUUUCAGGUGGAGGACCUCGAUGACGGAUUCGAAGACACCUGGGGUGAUGCACAGUAUUUUCCAGCCGAGAGUAGAUCGGUAACGGAAGAAGUCAUGGGAAUCAAGGCCCCUCCAACCGAGACAUGGAAACGAUUCGAGCGACUGAAGGUUGACCCGGUUGCAAAGCCAGUGCGAGAUUCGAAACUAUGGCACCUCCACUGCUGGGAAGGGAACAUCGCGCCGGGCAUCAUCUUUAUCGAAAACAUGUUUCGACGACCUGGUGCGGGGCCUGAAGCUGGACCCCAAGCAUCGCAGAUGGCGCAGGCCGCUUAUCAGUCGGCAUUUCCCAUCGACACCUUGAAACACAUCAUUUUCUGUGACGUGAUCCACAAGGAGACUAAAAGAUUUGUUAAACGUCACCUUUAUGAUGAUUGCCUUUAUGAGGACACGGGAAUUGAGUGGCCAAGCGACCAACUGGUUGCAUGGGAAUACAACACCCCAGAAUACAAAGGAAUCCUUGGGACCAAGAUUGGUGCUGUGGCGUCAUGGAUCUUGUUGGGAGCCUUUAAGCGGGGCACUCGCCGGAUUUCGCAAAUCUGCACCGUUGCACACUACGGUCGCUGUAUGCUAAUGCGAUUUGAUAUUGAGACCAUUGAGGCUGCUGUGCCUGCAAAUGGCGUUCAUCUGAUGCCCGUGAGUGAGAAGACUGACAAUAAGAGGAAGCGUGAAGGCAAUGAGGAUCUCAAGUCCAUAAAACACCAGAAGGUCUGA